AUGGAUGAGGGGGAGAAGGUGGAUCAUAGAGAUAUUUUAGCGGGUGAGGAUGCGGCGGAGGCGUAUCUGCUUGACCGAAUUCGCCAGCAGGCGGCAUUGGAAAAGCUACAAGGGUCGAAAAUUGUCCUGCGAAAGGGUAUUCCUACUCCCUCCGAGGAAUACCUAGCGUCCAUUAGUGAGUACCGGGAGAAACAGAUGGAUAUGAUGAAAUUCAAACGGCACAUUGAAGCCGUAGAAAGGCGUACGGAGGUUUGGGGCGACCAUGUUUCGUACGAACCUGCGAGUCAGUGCGUGGAGGCGUUCCAGGUCAUGCAUGUGGAGACCACGAGCCUCGAGGGGCGUGCAGUGAUUCUUGCACCUCUUCUGGCGAUGUUUCGCAUGUUGAUAUGUAACAACCGCGCCAAAAAACGACUGGAGAGACUUCGUAAAAAGCAAUCAUCGCUUCGUUCUGAAUUAAUGACCGUCCUCAGUGAGCGACAAACGGUUGUAGAGGCGGUUAGCGUCGUGGAUGAGCACAUGUCUGUGAUGCCGGCAUAUGUUAAUCGAGUUGCCCCGUUGCCAAAGUUGUUUUUGAUGACAACCGCAUUCGAUGUGAAGCCUCUGCGCAGUCCAUUUGUGUUUCUCUCCAGGCAAUAUAAAACUGAGUGCCUUCCGGAAUUUUCUCUCGACCUCAGCCAAGCAGUAAACAAAGAGUAUGCGGCGUAUGUAAAAAGUGACCAUAACGAGGCUACUGCUGUAACCCUUUUGGAUUUUGUUCAACCACUUGUAACACUUGAAACAUUUGAUGUACAUGGCCGAGCACAUGACGUGGUUCAUAGGCCAAACCUUGUGUUAGGCUAUGACACCUUUGGCAAUUCCGCUCGGGAACCACGCGCUUUGGCUAACGUAGAGAAGCGAGAUGCAACACGUAAGGCUGAAGAUGCCGCCAGCAGCGUUGAGCUCUCCAAUGAACUCUGCCAUCUUGGCGUCCCCUCAAAAUUAGUGGGGCCUCUGCCUGAGGACUCAAUUAGUGGAAGUGACAGCGAGGACGCUUCACCAUUUCAUGCUGAUGUUUCGUGGUUGCCAUUGUCCUCCAUGUUUAAAAAGAAUGAUACUGAAGAGCCACUGCGAUCCUGA